CUUUUUCAGCCAUGAAACUGUUCCUUCUAACACUCUCCGUGGCCUUGGCCUUGGUCGCCGGCUCCCCAGCCCAUCUUAACCGCACCGAGACUCCCGAGAGUCGCAUCGUCAACGGCUACCCAGCUUACGAGGGCAAGGCUCCCUAUAUUGUGGGCCUGUACCUCGGAAGCGAUGGAGGCGGCGAUGCCUUUGGUGCUGGUUCCAUCAUUGCCAACGACUGGAUCCUGACCGCCGCCCAUUGCCUGACCACCGACUAUGUGGAAAUCCACUACGGAUCCAACUGGAGCUGGAACGGCGCCUACAGGCAACACGUUCGUAGCGACAACUUCAUCCGCCAUCCCGACUGGCCCAACCGUGGAGGCGCUGACAUCGGUCUGAUCCGCACUCCCCACGUGGACUUCAGCAGUCUGAUCAACAAGGUCGCUCUGCCCAGCAUGAACGAGCAGAACGAUCGCUUCCAGAACACCUGGGUCGUGGCCUGCGGAUGGGGCGGUAUGGACAACGGAAACUUUGCCGAGUGGCUGCAGUGCGCGGAUGUCCAGGUCAUCAGCAACAGCGAGUGCGAGCAGUACUUCGGCUCGGUGGCCAGCAAUGACAUGUGCGUCCGCAACACGGACGGCAAGUCCUCCUGCGGAGGAGACUCCGGUGGUCCCAUGGUUACCCACGACAAUCCCCGCCUCGUGGGAGUGAUCACCUUCGGCUCUGCUGAUUGCCACAGCGGUCCCUCUGGAGGAACCCGCGUCUCCGACUACCUGGGAUGGAUCCGCGACAACACUGGCAUUUCCUACUAAUUCCGAAAGGUUUGAAAGGAUUCUCAAGUGUUUUUAAUAAACUCUUUUUAAAAAUGCAA